AACAGUCUAAUUGAUACACAACUAUCGAACUAUUUAAUGCAUUUAAAAAUGGAUGUGUAUUCUUCUCUUUGCAGAAUUAGCAGAUUGCGGAACAAAACGCAAAAAAAAUAAAAAUGGAAGAUUAGCCGAAAUAUCAGUCUGGAGCGCAGAAACGAAAAUUAAAAUUAGAAAAAGAGGAAAAAUUAAAAAAGCAUGCUGAAAAAAACAAGUUCUUUUACCAGUGAAUCUAGAACAACUUUAAAAACAUUAAAUCCAACUCGUUGGUCAGGAAGGAUAUUGUCUAUUAGUGCUGUCAAACUUCGUUAUCUUGAUAUUAUUAAAUCUUUAACAGAAAUAGAGUUACAGUCUCAUAAAAAAGAAGAAAGAGAAGAAGCUUCUUCCAUUAAAAAACAAAUGUGUUGCUUUGAAUUUGUAUUUAUUUCAACAAUGUUGUAUAAAAUCUUUACCCAGGUUAACUUCGCCUCAAAUGUCCUUCAAAAGAAAAAUAUUGAUUUAAGUGAAUCUGUGACUGUUUUAGAACAAGUAGAAAAGAACCUUACUGACUUAAGAUCCUCUUGGGAAAUUUUAAUGAUUGAAGCUACGGCACUGGCUAACAAAUGGAAUAUUCAACCGGAAUUCAGGCAAAAACGUCAACCUAAAGUUAAAAAACACUUUGACAAACUCUUAAGUGAUUACAGAUUUAAUAAUAGUCAAAUUUUAUUUAAAAUAAAUGUUUUUAAUGUUGUUAUGAACCGUGUUCUGACACAGAUUUCUAAUAGAUUUAGAAGCAUGAAAAAAAUUAAUAAAUUGUUUGAUUUACUUCUUCCAAAAAUUAUAUUAAGUUGAGAUGAAACAUCCAUUAAAAAUAAAUGUACAGCCAUUUAUAACAAAUAUCCUG